AUGCGACCUGCAGUACAGGACGGAACCCCGCAAUACUGCGCAGCCAUGAAAAUUGAUAGAAUCGUGAUAAAGUUCAAGGCAUUCUGCUUCAAGCGAGUAGCCGAUCAGGAGCAAGCGUUCCAGAGACAGAGAUAUUGGAGGAGACAGAUGCUGAUGGCGCAGUGGCACAUCACGAGCACGCAGGCACUCCGGACGCCUCGGAUUGAUGGACCUGGACAUGAGGUCCUCAAGUCAUGUCGCCCCCAUGAUGAGGAUGUAUGCUGCGCGGAGUACAUGUCCUCCGCAUCGCGGAGGCAUCAGAUGCGAUUCGCAUCGGGAAAAGUCGAGCCGUUCCAGACCGAGCUACAGCAGAGCGAAAUGAGCAGCACAAUUUCCCUGGGCCGCGACAGCGCUCUUUGCCAUCCGAAUGUCAAGCAAGUAUACGGUUAUUUCAGUGGUAGUUCUGGGAGAAGGCUAUUCUUCUGGCUCUUUGAAUCUCGGUCCGACCCAGCUCAAGACCCUCUCAUUCUCUGGCUCAACGGGGGGCCUGGCUGCAGCAGCAUGAUAGGACUCUUCAAGGAGAAUGGACCUUGCAGAUUCAAUGAUACUGAUUACAGCGACUGGUCUUGGAACGAACGAGCCAACCUUCUUUAUGUCGACCAACCUGCAGGAACAGGAUUCUCGGUUGGACCGCCCGUUACCAAUGGCUCAUUUGAGGCUGCCGACGACUUGUACAUGGCCCUACAAGAGUUCUUCGCUAAACAUACCAAGUAUGGAGGCAAAGAUUUCUACAUUACCGGGGAGGACUAUGCUGGUCACUACAUACCAGCCAUAGCUCAUAAGAUAUGGCGUGAGAACACUAAAGGGAUCGAGCCUCAUAUCAACCUUCGUGGACUGGCAAUCGGGAAUGGAUGGAUGAAUGCUGCAAUCCAGUAUGCUUCUGCAAUGGGGACGUCAUGA